GACUCUCUGAAAAAGCUGUUUUGAAUUACUUGAAUAGUAUACUCGUUUUCAGCAAAUACUAAAAUACUCUUCAUCCUCGUAAGCAGGACCUGUUCAUCCAACUUACUCCAGCGACAGCGUGGCUGAUUUUUUAACGCCACGCCGCCCAAGCCUUAAAAGAUUGGUCGUGAACAACGCCAUGUGAUGUGACCACAUUCCACCAGUACCACACUCUGUUGUAUUUCUUAUUGCGAAUAUUGAGUAGUUCAUCUACUUGCAGCUUAAUAUGACGAUAAAGAUGCUCUUCGCGUCGCACCAGCACAGUUUGUCUCUGCUUGAUUCAAGUGCUGAGGCACAGCACGAUGGGGACGCUGCGUCAUUUUUGCAUUCCGCGAAAGUUCCGUCUCCAUCGCUCUUGGGAGAGGUGAACGCAAACUUGUCCGGAUCCAGGACCUCGAUGGACAGCAGGACAAGUAGGUCUAGAAUAACUGCGUUCAUCUUCGGUCUCGGUGAUCCUCCUGCGCCUCCUCCUGCUCCGCCUAAGCCUCCGGAGCCGCCACUCAGUGCCAUUGUCCUCAAAGAAGCGAUGGAGAAGAUAGAGAAAGGACAGAAGUUGCCGGAAGAAAUCGCAACUGACGCUGCAGCGCAAGUCAUCAGUCAGUCAGCGAAGCUAGUAGGUUCAGCAGCUGAGGUGGCCAACUCAGCGGCUGCUUUGACUACAGCGAAAAAGUCAGAAGUGAUUCUGCAGAGGCCUCACAAGGGUUCUUCUUCGUCUGUGUACGGCCCAUUUGACAAACCACCUGGAUUUUUCCAAGGGCAAGGUGGAGGUGGUGGUAACUCUGGCGCGCGGUCGCAAGGUGGAGGACAAAGGAACGGGCGAGCUUAA